AUUUUUUUCUUUGGUUAAAAUAAGUAAAGUUCACUGGGUGAAUUAAUUUGAGUACGAAAUAUUGUUAUUCUAGCAUUACAAUAUUGAUUAUUAUUUUGGCUGAUUAUUGCUGAUUUUGAAUUUUAUAUAUUAAUCAUCGAUCAAUUAAAUAGUUAACCGUCAUACAUUUCGUUGAGAUAUUCUACAUUAAUACUACACAGAAAACAAUGAUGUUCGUUCUUGCUCUUUGGACUGGAAAGAAACCAGAAUCUACCAGUGUCAUUCCCGAGUCUGAGUUGAAAUGUGAUAAUGGGGAAAACUUUAAAGCGAAGUUCCGAAAUCGGUGGUAUAAAGUCAAAGUAUUGCACAAAUCGGCUGAUAAAGAAUGGCUAGAAUCAUUAAACGUAUUUACUGACGGAUCUCUAUAUCAACCUGUCCGAAAUUUUGAUGAAUUAAGAAUCAAUCCUCAACUUCACCUUAACGUUAAUCAAUCUUCUAACCAAGAGUCACAAGAACAAAAAAAUCAGAACCUGCAUGGAGAACCUGUUGAAAAUGCAAGCUACCAUAUUAGUGAUACUGAAAUAUUUUUUGAUAAAGAUUCAAUAUCAAGCCUGAAAAUCGGUGUUCAUCAAUCAAAAACUGUAGAGCAAAAUGUUCAUGACAAGAAUCGGAAUCUCAAAACAGUUGGCACGGUUAAAUUGCCUGAAGGGACGGAUAUAUUGAUACACGAAAUCAAAUUGAGUGAUAUUGUUGAUAAAAAUUCGAAGCCUAGUGGCAUGUCACGAGAGCUACUGAAAUGUUUGAUUGGGGAAGAACAUUUAAAAAACAUGUCGGCAACAGGAAAAGGAGGUUGGCAAGCUAUUCCGGAAAAUAUAUUGCUAGCAGUUAAAAAAUUUGUCAAAGAGAAAUUUCAAGGUCAAUUUACCAAUGCAGAAUAUAUGCGCUGGAUCACAAAAUACUGUAAUCGCUUACGCAAUGAAUCGAAGAAGGAAGAAAAAUUAUCAUUUAUUGAGGAAGAAUAUUUCGUUCUAAAAGCUCGAACAAAAACAGCAAUGUUUGUUCGAGUCGACAGUAAGCUUGAAGAGGGUUAUGCACCUCGAAUAGAAUUUGAAGACGGCAUAGUAAAAGUACCCGUAAUUCCUCUGUACCCUUUCGGGACAAGCGAAGACGAGGAUACUAGCUUGGCGCGAGACGACAGAGAAAAAUACGAUAAAAGUACCACGACCGGGGAAAAUCGUGUCAAUAAAGUGUUAAAACUUUUGCAUUUAGAACAUUUGAAUGAGGAAGAGCGUAAAACGAUAGUUUCUCUAGUAGAAAAAUACGCUGAUCUGUUCCACAUUUCGGGAGAUUUAUUGCGCGCUACGGAGACAGUGGCAGACAGUAUACCUACUAACGAUGACGUACUGAUAAAUACUCGACAAUACAGACAUCCACCUGCAGAAAAAGACGAAAUUCAAAAACAAAUUACAGAAUUAAUGUUAAUGGACAUCAUAGAACCUUCGACCUCUCCCUAUAAUUCCCCUUUAUGGAUUGUACCUAAAAAAGCUGAUUCAAAAGCAAUAAAAGAUGGCCUUUAG